GUUUCACUGACUCUCCAGCACAGACACCUGUUCAGACGCGCGCGCGCGUGCCACUGGCACCUGCAUGCGCGCGCCACCCCUGCGUAAUCAGCGUUUGGGUUAGCGCGUGCCAGGAGAGGGAGAGAGAGAGGGAGAGAGACUGAAAGAUACCUAGUGGAGAUGUAAGUCGCUGCUGAAGAUUCGCAACAACAACCAAGUGCUUUAGCGCACCUCCCCCUCCCACUGCGCUCGCUCAGAAAAAAAAAAAAAAAAAAAAAAAUGUUUCUCUUUUUCCUGAGAUACAGAGUGAUGUGAAUAUCAGAAACAGAGCUCUGAGACUGCCUAAAACAGAAAGAAUAGCGGAAACAGGAGUCGGACGCAUAAGCGAUCACACGGGAUUUCUUCAAACAGCGCUGCACUCAUGGAGUUCCCAAAUGAUUCCACCGGCUUUGCUGACCCCAGACACUUCCGUCUGUACAACGAAUCCCUGUUCCAGAACAACCUCAGCUCCUUCAACGGGACUGACAGCUUCUUCCCAAGGGGUGUUAAGAUCACUAUAGCAGUGGUCUACAUGAUCGUCUGCGUGGUGGGGCUGGUUGGAAACUGCCUGGUCAUGUAUGUCAUUAUCAGAUAUACCAAGAUGAAGACGGCUACCAACAUCUAUAUCUUUAACCUGGCACUGGCUGAUGCACUGGUUCUGGCUACGCUUCCCUUCCAGGGCACAGAUGUAUUCCUUGGUUUCUGGCCCUUUGGCAAUGCCCUGUGCAAAGCGGUCAUCUCCAUCGACUACUAUAACAUGUUUACUAGUGUGUUCACCUUGACCGUGAUGAGCAUGGAUCGAUACGUGGCCGUGUGCCACCCAGUGAAAGCCCUGGACAUGCGGACGCCCCACAAGGCCAAAGUGGUCAAUAUCUGCGUGUGGGUCUUGGCUUCAGCCAUAGGGGUCCCGGCUAUGGUACUUGGAGAUGUGGAAGUUGACAACGGCAUCGAGUGCAUCUUGGUUCUCCCGGAUCCUCGCAGUUACUGGGACCCGGUGUUCGGGACGUGUGUUUUCCUUCUCUCCUUCCUGAUUCCUGUGGCGAUCAUCAGCGUGUGCUACAGCCUCAUGGUGAAGCGCCUCCGCAGCGUUCGCAUCCUAUCAGGAUCCAAGGAGAAAGAUCGCAACCUUCGGCGCAUCACGCGUAUGGUGUUGGUGGUAGUCGCGGCUUUCGUUGUAUGUUGGACGCCCAUCCAGAUCAUGGCCCUGGCGCAGUCACUGGGCUUCAACUUAGCCAGCGUCCAGACGGUGGUGUUUAUGCACUUCUGCAUUGCCCUGGGUUAUGUCAACAGCAGCCUUAACCCCGUCCUCUAUGCAUUCCUCGACGAAAACUUCAAGCGCUGCUUCCGCGAGUUCUGCCACCCCUCACCAUUUGGCCUUGAUGCGCAGCAGUCGAGCCGCAUGCGCAACAUUGCGCGUGAGGUGGCCUACAACUGCAAGACUGCGGAUGGGAAUAGUAACCCCGCAUGACUAGGCGUGGAGCUGCCCCUGGUCAGCCCUGAGCCGCAACCCAAUCCAGGGACAGGAAGCUCAAACUCUGAGCUGACUCAGAUUACAACACUCUAGCACCACAGUCACCUCCGCCAGGUGGGCGGGGGAAAGGGUUGGGCUAGGAGUGAGGGCGGAGUCAAGUUAAACGACACGUCCUUUUAGGGACAAAGGGGCUCACUUUACAGUGUCUUAAUUGGAUUUGGAUGUUAUUGUCUACAAUUCUGUUCUUAUUCAAUAAUUAUUACACUUUGUCGGUCAGUGUUGCAGCCUUGUACAGAUGCUUUUUAUGUCUCUCUUUACAACAAUCAAUGUUUCUCUUGAAAUUUUUGACUGUAGGAUUUCAUGGCCUUAAACAUACUUCUGAACCUAUGGAUUAAGUGUAUCAGUCAUUUUUGUGGUAUUGCCAAGUGUUGGUCUGUACUAUAUACACUAUAGAGUAUAUAUAGUGUAUAAACAGUAUAUUAAAUGGACUGUACUAUAUAUAUUAUAUAACUAUAUAGUUAUGUUAUGACACGAAUCUGAAAAUACAGAGACUCGUAAAGCCUGAUUGUUAUUUAAAAAAAAAAAAAGUUGAUAUUUUUCUCCGUUUGACUGUACAAUAAGCAAAAAUAUUUUAUACUCAUGUACGUUUGGUAGCACAGAUUCAAGCUUAAAAAAUACUUGUAAAGAAAUGAAAACAUACUGCAAAACAGUUGCUGUAGUGUUCUAUUAUAUAUGUGCAUUCAAUGAAGUUAAUCACAUUCGAGGCUGUGCAUUGUUGAAGAUGUCUGUCAGCAUUACCUCGAUUAUUUUUUUAAUGUUUUCUGCGCCGCUCUGUAUCUUGCUUUGUUACUACAUAUGGAUUCUUCUUGAUGAGACAGACAACAAGAGCCAGCACUGUCAUGGGUUUACAUCACAGACCACUGAAUGUGAAAAAAAGAGACUAUAAAUAAGCCAAAUUAAAGAAAUAUAUAUUGAAAAUGUCAGUGAAAUAUAGAGAAAUUGUACACUUAAUGCUUAUUCCUGUAAACUUUUACUUGUUAUUAUGAUUGUUUGUUUACUUGCUGCAUUGACUGGCUGAUUAUCUACUUGCAUAUUUAUUGACUGGUGGGACCAUUUUCAGAUGGACUGAAAUCAAAUGCCAGCUAGUGCUAUGGACGUUUACACCGCCUAUAUGGGAAAUCUUUUUCUCUUCUACAUACUUAUUAAAGAGCAGUUAUCAAAAGACA